AGCGAGAGAGGGGGGAGAUGUGCUAUGAGGGGAGCGGCUCGCUGUGAAUGGAGCGGGAGGAUGCUUGGCGGCGCCUCAGCUGGCUGAGCCCUUUAGCCGUGCGCUUCACCCAUGCGGAGAUCAGCGCGGAGUUCCAAGACGGUCGGCGCCUGGAUGAGGUCAUCGCCCAAUUCGCCGAUGGCAGGCUGUCGGCAGAGCACUUCAAGGAAGCGCCCCUGGAGAUCCUGUGGCAAGAUGGCCACCUUUGGUCCCUCAGCAACCGCCGGCUCUAUGUCUUCCGUGUGGCGCAUGCCUUGGGCUGCUGCAGCGUGUGCCCCUGCAAAAUCCUGCGGCGAGACAAAUUGCUGGGAGACAAGGUCACUCACCGGUGGGUGGAUGCGCUCACAAGCACCACCAACGGAAAGCUGGUGAAUGUACGAGGUGGCAGCAGGUAUCAAAGACAUCAGCUGGGUCAUCCCAUCAGCGCGGAGGCUGAGAAGAAGCUGCAGCUACCUCCCUUGAAGCAGUUUCUCCAGUUUGUGGCACCCACCCUGGGCUGCACAGAAGCAGACAUGGCGUGGUAUGGGGAGCGCCUGGAAAGGCAGGGCUUCUCCUCCGUUUGCAAGCUGUUUGAUUUGUCCUACUGUCCGGCAUCUGAAGUUGAGCAGAUGGGGCUCCCGAUCCGGCUACAGCGAUCUUUGAGCGAGCUCCUGUCGAGUGCUGAGCCUUUUGAGCGCUUCCUUUGUGACCCGGCCCCGCCCUGCCAGCGAGCACCGGAACUGAUGGAAUGCCGGCAGCAGGGCGAGUGGCAAUGGCGGCCAUGGGAGGCAUCAGAAGUGCAGGCAGAAUGGAGCGGGCCACAGAGGCAGGAGUUGGAGUGGCAACAGUGGCAGGCACCAGGGUGGAAACAGGGCUCAGAUGGGCAGGUCUCGGCGUGGAAGCAAUGGCAGGAAUCCGAAUGGAAACAAGACCCCGGAUGGCGGCAGCAAUCAAAUCGGCCCCAUGAGCAAGAAUGGCAUACUAGCAACGAGUGGCACACGGGGCCAGAAUGGCAUACUGGGCAACAAGGCCAGACUGGGCAAGAAUGGCACACUGGUCAAGAAUUUCACCCUGGGCAAGAAUGGCACGGGCAAGGACAAGUGUCGCAGACGCCCGAAGCACAUCAGUUGCAGGACUGUGAGCGGCCUGAGUCGGCUUUGGACCGCGACGCUGCGAUUCAAGAGGUGGAGGAGUUCUGCUUGCGCCGGGAGCUCACCAGCCAGGCGGCGCGGGACCUGUGGAGUCUGGACCUGGCGGCGGCGCUGGACAUCGUGCGGGCCUUGGAGGUGGAGAAGAAGCUCAUCUCCCUGCAGCCCAUGGCCUGGAGCCGCAUCGUGGCCUCUCGCUGCGCCGCCCGCGCCAGCGAGGGGGACCUGGAGCCGCAGCUGAUCGACCAGAUCGAGAGCUUUAUGGCAGUGGUGGUUUCCGCGGGGGUUUUAUCGCCGGAGCUCACCUCCGAGCUGCGGUCCACGCUGCGCUCCCUGGCGCCGCUGGAGGUGGCGGACGUGCUCAGCGACGCCAACUUCACGCAGACGGUGCCGUACGGCUCCAUCCACAACCCCGCGGCCUACGCGCACCGCAUCGCGGUUGGCACCCGGAAGCGCAACGUGGAGAAGAGGAUCCCGGAGUUUGUGGAGCGGAUGGGCUACUCCUGGGCCACCCACGCGGCGCUGCAGCAGCUUUGCAGGGUGAACCCUUCGAGUGCCAAGAGGCUCAUGGACGUGCACAAGGCCUCCCGUGGAGAAGCCAGCCUUCAACGUGAGAUUCACAUUGUGGAUGCCCGAGGCCGGGGCUAUGACUCCAGGGCCGUGAGCGCUUCUGUGGAAAACCACCGGCAACUGGAGAGCGAAUGGUCCGAUGAAGAGUUGCCAAACUUGGCGCAGGCUGCGGCGGGCUGUCAUGUGUGGCAGCCUUCAGGAGCGACUGCCUCGCAAUCUGCUGCGGAGGCUGCGGAGGCUGCGGAUGUUGCCGGCCUGGAACCGGCAGAGGUGGAGGAUGAGCAGCUUUCGGCGGCGGACUCGGCAGACACGGAGGAAUCCAGCAUCUUGGGAGACCUACCCAUGGAGACUCACCCGGCUUCCGGCCCAUGCGAGGUGGCCGCCCAUUACAUCAUCGUGCUGGACAUCUCUGGCAGCAUGUCCAACUGCGAUUGCUACGAUGCCAGCGGCAUGCUGCAGCGCCGCAUCGACGCCGUUCAGCAGAAGUUGGGAGAGUUCGCGCAGGAGAUGGGCCAAUCUCAGCAGAAGUUUUGGGACACGUCAGACGACGUAUAUUCCUUUGUCACCUUCAACACACGAUUCCGAGUGGAGUUCAGCCUGCUGCCGGCGCCAAAAGCGGCGGAGCGGCUCACGCGAACGCCGAUCUGCCCGCAGGGCCAAACCUCCUACACCUCGGGGCUGGAAGGCAUCGAGGCCUGCGUGCAAAGAGCCGACCAGCUGGGGCAGCUGGGGCGGCGGACCUAUGUGAUGUUCAUCUCAGAUGGGGAGCCUUGGGACCCCGACAAGUUCAUGGAGAAGCUGUGCGGCCUCAUGAGCAAGGUGCAGAUUAAUACGGUGGCCUUCGGCCAUUGCCUAGCUGGCGACCAGAGUGGUACUGGCAUGGACUUCUUGUACCACUUGCAGCAGCUUGCAAGCAUAGGCGGAGGCACUUGCACGAGAGCCGCCACAUCCGUCGCGAGCAUCAAGGGCGCCUUUCGGGCUGUCAGGAGCACGAUGACGAGCAGUCGCAGGCUAGUAAGCCGCCAGGCCCUGAUGACGUCCAGGGAGUCGAACGGCUCCACAGGCGGCUCAACAUCAACCCUGGAGGGUGAGCGCACCAUGCAAGUGGAGGUCCGUGAUGACCGAAACAACUGGCACCCAGCGAAGGUCACAAAGUUCAACCUGACGGACAAAACCGUCGAAGUGGUGGACGCCCAAGGGCAGCAGAAGCGAGUGCCCUGGGCAUACGUGUGGUGGCAGCAGUCCAGUCCAUCCAUGCCGGAGCUGGAGUCCGCAGACCCACGACGCGUGCUGAACACGUGGGAAGGCUGGGAGCCCUGCAGAAAAGCUUGGCGAUAUCACUAUCGCUUUGAUGGCAAACGCUUCCAUGUCGAAGAUCCGGUGGAGACCUUGGUGUCACAGCGCGUCAAGUAUUUCAGCAAGGGGGAGAUGCGCAUCGUACGCUUCAUGUACGACCAACUAUUUGGUUCUAGCACUUUACUGGUCGCCAAGCACCUAUUGGUCCCACGGAGCGACGCCUUCUCCCUGCAAGUGAAGGCCAGCACGCAGGCAGACAUGGAGCCCUUCUGUCGCAACGCGGCAGUGGCCAGGCACUUUGCCAAGCUCUUCCGGCAGAAAGGAUACAAGCUUGGCUUCCGCGAGGACUACUUGUAUGUGAUGGAGGAUGAGUCGGGCGUGAGACAGGUGUUCAUGGGGGAGCGCCACAUGAAAGGCGCAUUUGUGAAGUUCAACAACAACGGCGGCUCUGUGAACAAGGAGGACUACUUGCGCCACUGCGAGGUCGCGCAAGCCUUCAGCCACUUCAGCUUCGACGAGUCGCAUCGCGAGCUGCUGGUCGUGGACAUCCAGGGCGUGCCCUUCGACGCGCUCGGCGAGUCCGGGUUGCACCUCACGGACCCACAGGUGCACUGCCGCUAUGGCAACUACGAAUAUUUCGGCGAAGGCGACUGGAAGGAGGCGGGGGUGAAGAAGUUCUUCUCCAGCCACCGCUGCAACCACUUCUGCAAGCGCCUGAAGCUACGGCCCAUCUCGGAGUAUGAGUUCCUGCCGCCGCGCGCCAUCGUCGCCUUCCCCGGGAUCUCCGCAGAUUUCCUGCACGAGCUCACGCGGCGCACGCUGCAGCGGGUGCGCAAGCAGUUCCGCUUGGCGGAGGUGGUCUUCCCCAACGAGGUCAUCGCCGAGCGACUGGAGGUGAAGCUUUGGGGCCGCCGCUGCUCCGUGGCGCAGGCAGAGGAGGCCAUUCGCAGUUCUGUGGACAAGCUCAUGCGAGAGUUCUGCCACUGCGUGCGCCUGCCUCAGGCCUGGGAGGAGCGAUUGGAACAGCUGAAGAGCAAGCUGGCGGGGGUGCAGCUUUUCCCAUGGCCGCCAGGCGGGCCUACCUGCUGCCUGGUGUAUCCCCAGUCCAAGGGCAGGGGGCUGGAAGUGUUGCUGAGGGCCCAGUGACCGGCUGCGACGCGGAUUGUUUUUAUCCC